CAACAAAACACCUCCAAAUCUCAUCUUUUCAGAUAAAAAAAAUCGGAUCGCUUCACCAUCUCGGAGGAACAAAUAUGGACAAAGGCGACGAAUUUCAACCCCUCACAAUUCUGAUCACAGGAGUGAGCAGAGGGUUAGGGCGAGCCUUAGCGCUAUCAUUGGCAAAGCGCGGCCACACUAUCAUUGGCUGCUCUCGUACUCCCAACGCUCUCCACUCUCUUCAAAAGGAACUCGCCGCCAUCUCCCCUUCCUCUUCUCACACCCACUUACUCCAAAUCACCGACGUGGCCUCAAAUAGUAGCGUUGAGGAGCUAUUUAAGGCUGUCUUGGAAAGAGAUCUGGUUCCUGAUAUCCUUGUAAACAACGCAGCUGUGAUUAAUGAAAACUCCAAGUUUUGGGAGAUUCCUGAAGAUGUGUUUGAUUCUGUGAUUGAUACGAAUGUAAAAGGGACAGCCAAUGUUCUUCGGCAUUUCAUUCCUCUGAUGACCCAAGGAGGAAAAGGAAUUAUUGUUAACUUCUCUUCGAUGUGGGGAAGAAAGGGUGCUCCCAUGUUUUCUCCGUAUUGUGCCUCUAAAUGGGCAAUUGAGGGCUUGACCAAAUCCAUAGCUUUGGAGCUGCCUAAAGGAAUGGCUAUUAUAGCACUUGAUCCUGGUGUUGUGAACACAGACAUGCUUGCUAUUAGCUUUGGCGAUUCAGCACCUGACUACCAAAAUCCUCAACAAUGGGUAGUAAAGGCGAGCACAAUGAUCCUUAGUUUUACGUCUGAAGAUAAUGGAGCGUCUCUCACUGUUGAAUGAGGUGGAGCUUAUGAACUUCUGUUUUGAGGAAGAAUGUGCAGAAAUAAAGAAUUUCUUAAAGAACAUUAUUGCCAAAUUUUAUAGAUUAUAUUUGAUUAGGAUUGCUAUGUUAAUAUGAUUAUGUUUGUUGUGAGACACCAUCAUGUACGAGGUAUUAAAAAUAUGAAUAAAAUACCAUGAAUAUAUAUGUACGUCUCAUAAGAAAUUUAUGUCA